UCGGAUAUAUGCAGAUACAUCCUCCUAAGAAAUAUUGAUUCCGAAACUAUAAAUCGCGAUGUAAGAUUUCACGUUAUUGGUCCAAUUGAGUAUUGUACGUUAAUAAUAUAAUGUUUGACCAAUCAAAUUUCGUCUCUUAUGUCGCUCGUUUUGUACGUUAUAAAUUAUGUCGAAGUAUUAUUUGUUUUACCUCGUUGGGAAUAAAUCAACUCGUGAAUCGUUGCGUUUUUGCGAAUUGUUAUCGAUUAAAAAUAAUCGAUUCGUCAAAUAUUGUUACUUUUAUUUUUAUCGAUGACGAUAAUUAUAUUGAUGAAUGUGCUCAAACUUUUCAGAAAAUAUACGUAAAGAAUCGUCGACGGCAUCGAAGCGACACCUAGGAAGAAUUUUUAUCGACGAAGAGAGUUUAAUUACCGACAGGUACUACGGAGAACCGUUGAUUUAUCUACAGAGCACAAAAUAUCGAAGAAGGAUAAAUAAAAUUUCUGAUUUAUCGACGGUAAAUACGUCGAUAAGAAUAGAAACGUCAUCUCAUUUAUCCUCUUUAGUAAUUAUUUAUAUAGCGUGGACCAAAUAUUUCUAGAUGGGCCAAAACUUUCUAAGUGAUUUUAAAAAUCAAUUACUCUUCUUCCAAAUUCUUUCAGCUAACUUUUUUUUUUUAGAUUGUAAAAUUACGAGCCUAGGAAAUUUCUUAAUUAAAAAAAAAAAAAUUAAGAAGUCCGCGUAAAAGAGUAAUCGAUUUUUAAACUCUUGUAGAACUUUUGGCCAAACUUGUAAAACUUGAUUUCAUUUUAAUCAUACUAUAUAUAUCUUUUCGAUAUUAUCUAUUCGCCGUGUGUAUUUGUAUUAAUUUUAAUUCUUAAAAAUGAGAACUUGAACGAGAAAAUAAAUCUUUUCAAGAAUAUUGUUAUAAAUGUUAACGUUAAGCCGAAUAGUCUAACUGUUACGAAACGUUGAAAAAGUUGUUGGUGAACAAACGAGAGAAGGAAAAAUGCAACGUAGAAUGAGGAUCGAUAAUGACAGGAGAGAAAAAGGGAACGGCUAGAAGGAGAUGAACGAGAAAGGAAAAAAGAGAGAGAAAAGAAGAAAAAAGGAAUGUUCUAGAGCUCCCUUUGUCGGUUUUUAUUGUUAUCGACCCGUCGGAGUUAUUUUCAAAAGAGAUAGCAAAGAUCACGCGACGUAUAUCUCUUUUUCCUGGAGUGUACAUUUUUUUCCUAGGGAUGCACUUUGGUAGAAUGGAUUUUUAUAAAAUGCACUAUCUCUUUGACACAAUACGGAUAUAAAUUAUAAAUAUUCACAAUUAAGAUAUACGUUGUUUAAUCGAUGGAGAUACAAAUAGAAAAAAAGAAAAAGUAUGUUCCAUAUUUUGUUGUUUUCUUUUAUUUUUAUUUUUUACUACUUUUCUAAACAAAAAGCAUUUAUAGAUCUACCGUAUCGUAAGGAGAAUAUUAAACGUUUAUAUGAACGAAACGAUUGGAAUCAGCUCGUAUAGACGUGCAUACAAAUCGAGCUAUAUAAAUUCAGGCUGUUCAUGUGCCAAUGCAGAAUCGAAAGUAAUCUCUUCCGAUUAGAAGAUCCAUUCACAUGUUAAUUCCCGAGGUGACUCGUUAUCGUCGAGACAAUCCCUUCUAAUCUCUUCAGCCGAAAGACACGUUUGCUUUUUUUCAUCUUGGUAACUUCGUCGGUUAUGCUUGUUCUUUUUCCUUUUUUUUUCUUCUUUUUUUCAAUUACUACGACAAAACAAGCGUACGUAGAAAAUUAACGACGAGUUCUUUGACAUCUCAAUAACACCGUAGCACGAAGUCCUUCGUCAAAGAAAUACUUUCAACCUAAAUGCCGUUUAUUAUCGUUAAAGACAAUAACUCGACGAUAUCACGAAACGCUUCGCCUUAUCUCAUGGAAAAAAAAGAAAAAAAAAGAAAAUGAAAAAGAAAGAGAAAAAUGAAAUAAAAAAAAAGAAAAAAGAAGAAAAGGAAAAAAAAUGAAUAUUAACGAUUUCAGUUUUCCUAUAAAUAAAGCCGAACGGGCCAACCGAACGUGUUAUAAUUUGUACGGCUAAAACAGAAAUCGUUCGUCGUUUCUCAACGCAAUGUCGCGAGUUAAUAAAACAGUUUUUAUAUCUCUUCUUCUUUUCGGUGCAGUCUGUUUUCAGAACGUCGAAUCAACGAUCGAUAUUUUCAGGAUAAUCGAACCGACCCGGCGUUUAUAUUGUCAAACGAAUUGCAUUGAUCUUAACAAUUGGAAUUAUAUUUGGAACUCGUUAUGUUUGAAAUUAUGUCCCGAAUUAGUAUUGUUCACGACUACCAGUACGAUCGGACAAUCAACGGGAACUAAUAUUUCUACAUCCACCCCGAUAACUAUGACGACUACGUCCACUACGACCGGUGGUGCAUCAUCUUCGACUACUCCAUCGAGUGCAGGAACGACAAUGGCGAAUAUGUCGACGACUAUGUCUACAACAAGUACGAAAGCUGCGUGAUCAAUGAUCCAAGUGAUUUCAUCUUAUAAUUGUCGAUCAUCUCAUCCAACAAAUACAAGAUGGCGUUGGGUGUUCGAAAUGAUUAUAAACACGAUAACAAAUUUAUAAUGUUCAUAGGUUUGACAUAUGUUCUAAUCUAUCUAUCGCGUUUAGAGACAACGUAUGCAGUUUUUUAGUUUUUCUUUUCUUUUUUUUUUUUGUACUACACGUAGUUAUUUUUUUCUCUUUAUGUAGUAACAAUAAAGUAAGCAUUACUUA